ACAGAUCUCUCUCCGCCACAUUGUGGGCUGCAUCCCCUCUUCUCCCGCUGGUCGUCUUCCGCGCUCGCAGACACACUCCGCGCCGGCGUCGCCUCAACAGCUCCCGCGACCUGCGCUGCUCCCACCCAGCCGGCGGCGUACGGACCUCUCGCUCCCCUGCGUGCGGCCAUGAUGGCUGCUGUGACUACCGCGGCCCCAGCCUCUUCUUCCUCUUCCGGCUGGGACUUCACCUGCAACUUUGAAGUUGAUUAUGGAUCUGAAGAACAUGCUACCAUUGUUUACAAGACGUUAGCUGUUGACAAGGAGUUGCAGCCAGAUAAGGUCAGGAGGGAGAUGACUGUUUCUGGUGGCAAGCUUGUCGUGCGCUUUGAAGCAGUAGAGGCCCGAUUCCUGCGAGCAACAUUCAGCGCGUUUGUCGACCUUAUGGUACUUGUGACAAAGAUUGUCGAAGAAUACAGUGUAAGCAAGGAGGAGCGUUCCUGAUAAGCGAUGUGAUCUAGUUAGUCAACCUUUGGUCAUUUGGACAAUGCAUUGUGAAUCCUGAAUGAAACACUUCGUACUCUGUAGUAUGGAUUACCUCUCAUUCAUAUUUCAUUCUGUUGCUCGUACAUGGUCUGAAGUGGAAAAAAACCCAGGAAAUUGGGAGGAACAGAGAAACACCACCGGACAUCAUAGCUUUAUUAGAAGUUCUAUUCAGUGAGUUUGCUCGUGUA